CUAGUUUCGGAGUGGCAACUCUAUGUGUUCGCGUCGCUUGUAUGCUGCAUUUCACCGCACUAACCGCGCUGUCUUUUUGUGGCACUGCGGUGAACUCACAGCUGCACCUUUUAGGUCUUAAUACUAACAAGAUGCAUUACGUUUAGUGAGUAUAAAGAAGCGUCGACAGCCCGGUUAAAGAAACUGACACAGAAGCGUGUCACUAGCCGAGUGGCAUUGGGCAUCCGAGGUGUUGCAAGAAAAGUACUAUGGCUGUUGCUGUGGCUGUGAUCGGCAAAGAGAAUUCUCCACUUUUUGUAAAGACUGUGACACCGUGCAAUGAACCAAAAUUUCUAUAUACUAUACACACAUCAUUGGAUGUUGUCGAAGAAAAGAUAUCUCCUGGAAACAAGAGCUCUGGAGACGUUCGGGAGCUCUACUUGGGAUUGCUGUACCCCACAGAGGACUAUAAAGUUUAUGGAUAUGUGACAAACACUAAAACCAAGUUCAUUGUAAUUGUGGAAACCUCGCGUACAACUCUUCGUGACAAUGAAAUCCGGCAGAUGUUUCACAAACUUCAUGCUUCAUACUGCGAUGUUGUUUGCAAUCCCUUUUAUGUUCCUGGUGACCAGAUAGUGUCCAGGUCAUUUGACAGCACAGUCAAUGGAAUAAUGACUGGAGAGUGACUUGUCAAGAGGCUCACCUUUGUGGUAGAUGAAGAAAGAAUAAAGAUAUG